AAAAGUUCAGUGGCGUUUAUUUUCCAUAAAAGCCUGACCAAAAAAAGUGUCCUCUUUAUUUUCCUUAAUUUAUUCAGAGUCCCAGUUGAGGGAAGCAAGCAGACACAGCUGGGCCAUGUGCCCCGAAUCCCAGAGAUUAAUUCAAUUAAUACAAAUCAGAUUUAUUCCUAAAAGCAGCCUGGAUAAAUUAACAGGAAAACCAAAAUCAAAGGAUGAGCGUGGCGCACUUUGCUUGAAUUGAUACAAGAUUUUUUUUUCUCUCUCUUUAGUAACUCGAUCAGUCACUCAAUUUAAGACGAGGCAAUGGGGAUGAAAUAUAUUGUGGCGUUUGAAGAUGCGACUGUCGCGAUUGUUUGACAUUAUGGGAUGCAUUUGACACUUCCGCAGACUGUCUUGAGAGCCGCCCUGGCGUCGUAUCCUGCUGUGGCGCACGUCCCCCCUUUCAGCUUCUUCUCGGCUGGUUGCAGCUCGCGGUGAAAAACCACAAUAAAUUCCUCGAGUUGCGCACAGUUUAGCACCAUUUGUGUCAAAUACAAAAGCACGGAGUGAAAACAAAUUAGAGCCUGCAGUGUUGGGUAGCAGGCGUUAAAUGGGUCACAUGACCCAGGGUGGUAACAAUAAUCAGGAAUAUAUAUUUUUUGUGUGUGUGUGAGUGUGUGUGUGAAAAGCCACCGCGGAUCCCCCUUGUGAUACGACGUUUAAGGUUAGAGUAUAGACAUUUCAACACAUUGUCCCGGAAAAACUAGUGCAAUGAUCUGAAUGUCAUAACAAUAUACGAAACAAAAAAAAAGUAACACAAACGUUUUAAUUGAAUAUUGUUUAGUUUUAACGACGGUUUUCGCUAACAUUGUGCGCAUUGUAUGCUUAAUAUGUAUCAUUUAUGUCACAAAUAUGCUUUUUUAAUUCACUCGAUUUGAAUGAAGUGUAUUCAAUAUUUUUUACUUUUGAGUUUACUCAUUGGAAUCUCCACAUUGCUCUUUCUUUUAGCAAGAAAGAAUACACCCGCGUGGGAGGAGAACAUUUUUUUUAUUGACCAUAACGGAUUACAUUCAACAAGUGUCUCGUCGUAUUUUGCUCUUUCGGAGGCCCAAACACAUCUUACGUUUUGGAAGUUCUUUAUAGAGUUUUGCAACGGGUUGUUGCUUCACUGCUGAAGACGACGGUGUCUUUUUUUUUGGUGCAAAAACUGUAGCAACGUCUGUGAUAGGAGGAAAGUUUUUACACUCAGCCAACCAUCGUCGACGGUUGGUUUGCGGGUCCGCCCCCUCGACCAAUCAGAGCGGCGAGCGCAACAUUGGGCUUACGUGAUGAGCUCCACAACAUGGAACGUGUCUCCUCACUUUGACCGAUAUCAACAAAUAACAACAACAUUUAGCCUUCUGGACGCACACGCUUUUGCAUACAUUCCCAAGCGGAGAGGAUAACGUGGAAACAUUCGACAACUCAAGUUCCCCUCUUUUGUGCGCUUCCAUGGUCGGAGAGAAGCGGCUGUCCUUUGACACCCGGGUCCUCGCUCCAACAAUAUAACCGAGCCGUCAAGUCUGACGCUUCUCCGGCUAAAGAAGGUGACCCGGAGGUCCUUUUUUUUUUUUUUUUUUACAUCUCGGCCAGCCUCCCCGCUUGGAGGGGUCUGUCUAUCUUUGGGUCCGCAGGAGGUAUGACCGCGCUGGCUGGGUCUUUUCCCAGGAUGAUGAGACCCACGCUGGCUCAGAACUACCCUCGCAGUGGCUUUCCCCUGGAAGUAUCAACUCCGCUGGGUCAAGGGCGAGUAAACCAGCUCGGUGGAGUUUUCAUAAAUGGCAGGCCUUUGCCCAACCACAUUCGACACAAGAUCGUGGAGAUGGCCCACCACGGCAUCAGACCGUGUGUCAUCUCCCGGCAGCUGCGGGUCUCCCAUGGCUGCGUGUCCAAAAUCCUGUGCAGGUACCAGGAGACCGGCUCCAUCAGACCCGGGGCCAUCGGGGGCAGCAAACCAAAGCAGGCAACGACGCCGGACGUAGAGAAGAGAAUAGAAGAAUGCAAACGGGAAAAUCCGGGUAUGUUUAGCUGGGAGAUUCGGGAUAAAUUACUGAAGGAUGGGAUAUGUCAUCGCGACAGUGUCCCCUCAGUCAGCUCCAUCAGUCGCGUAAUGCGCAGCAAGUUUGGGGGGAAAGACGACGAAGAGGAGGAUGAGGACGACCUGGAGAAAAGUGAGCUAGAGGAAAUUGACCGCAGGGCCAAGCACAGCAUUGAAGGCAUCCUGGGAGACAGAUCAAGUCACUCAGAUGAGGGUUCAGACGUGGAGUCAGAACCUGAUCUGCCACUGAAAAGGAAACAGCGGCGCAGUAGGACCACCUUUACGGCAGAGCAGCUGGAGGAGCUGGAGAGAGCCUUUGAGAGGACCCACUACCCCGACAUCUACACCAGGGAGGAGCUUGCCCAAAGGGCUAAACUGACUGAGGCCAGGGUGCAAGUAUGGUUCAGCAACCGAAGGGCCAGGUGGCGGAAACAAGCAGGGGCCAAUCAGCUGUUGUCCUUUAAUCACCUGAUCCCAGGGGGUUUUCCACCUUCAGCCAUGUCCAGCCUUACUCCUUACCAACUCUCUGACAGCACCUAUGCCUCUGCCUCCGUAGCGCAAGAGCCGCCCAGCACUGUACAUCGACCGCAGCCUCUGCCGCCGUCAUCGGGACACCAAGUGCCCAGUGCUGGAGGGCAAGGUGAAGGAAACUCUGCCUAUUGCCUUGCCUCCGGACGCCACUCCUUCUCAGGAUACUCAGAAAGCUUUGUGAGCCCCGGGGGCCCGGCCAGUACCAUGAACCCCGGCAUUGGAAAUGGGCUCUCCCCGCAGGUGAUGGGUCUGCUGAAUCACGGCGGGGUUCCCCAUCAGCCGCAAAGCGACUACGCCAUCUCACCUCUAACUGGAGGUCUUGAACCACCUGCCAGCAUGGCCGCCAGUUGCAGCCAACGCAUGGAUCACUUCAAAGGUCUGGAGGGUCUCACCAGUGUUCCCUCCAUGUCAGCUCUGCCUUCCCUGCCCAGCUCCCAGUCCUACUGCCCUGCCUCCUACAGCUCGCAGAGCUACACGAUUGAUCACAUGGCGUCCUACCAGUAUGGCCAAUAUGGACAAAGUAAGGUCCCCUUCCUUAUCUGAGGCCCGAGAUCGCCUGACCCAAAGCUUUGAAUCCACAAAGAAUGAAGACGAUCGUUCGUCAACAGGACCAAAAUGAAUUGGAAGAUGUUCUCGGAUGCCGGAUACGUUUAUUUCAUGCAAAGGACAAGCAGACAAGCUUCAAGAAGGGAACACAAGAAGGAAUACCAGACCAAAUAAACUGUUCAUCAACCGCGGACAUUUCCGUAUUAGGAAUGCGAAUGGACAGCACACUUUUCAGCGCUUAACUUGGUCAGUUCUGCACAUGUGGCACUCUGACCAUCUUGGCUUCUUCGUGAAGCUCUCUAAUCAUAAGUUCACUCCCUGUGGGUUUUUAGAUUUUUUUUCAUUGAAAAUGUUUUUAUAAAUGACUGUAAACCCCAUUGUGCUGGUACUAGGUGACUUGAGGCAACAUAUUUACACAACUUAAAGCCAGUUGAGGAUGUCUGAAAUUCUGAAAUUCUAGGUAAUGCCAAAUUCAUCUCCUAAAUCGUUUCGGCCCGGGGUGGUGUGUGGGGGCGGUGUUUGGAGGAAACAGGCCAUGCUGAUUUUAUCUAUAGAGCAUUUAUUUGAGAUCCCACACAACCCGCACAUGAAGAGAAAUUCAAGAGGCAAAGAAAGCAAACACAGGGAAAUGAAUAUGUGGGUUAUAUUAUAUCAGAAACGCUAACAUACAUCACAGCUGUACUGCUGAGGAAGUUCAUUUAAAGCUCCAACUAAGCACUCGCACUCCUCCUCCGUCUUCCUCUCUGUGUCUCAUUGACGUUUCGGACGGCGAGGCCCCAGAUUUUGGCCUUUUGUAGUCGUCUCGAGGCAUUGCAGGAGGUCAGGGGUGACGUUCGGGAAAGUGACAGAUGAGAGAGCAGUAGAAGAGAAGUGGUUUUAACAAAAAGGGGAGGGGUGGGUGGUUGAUAGGCAAGAUCGAUCACAGGCUUAAACCCUUUUAAAGAUCUUUCUCUUGCAGGGAAAAAAAAGUCACCAGGUCACAAGUCACGACCACAAAACACUUGAGAAAGCAAAAGAGCAGCAACGUUUAGAUAAAAGAUGGACAUUUCCCCCUCCGUGAGCAGGAGUGCAAUAGAUCACAUGUUGCAGCCAGUCACGUCAUUUGAGGAAGCAAUCGUCCUAAUUGACAUUUCGCACUGUGUUUUCAGAAGAAAAUUUGCAAAACGUUAAAACACAAGAUUACAGUCUGUUUUAACGGGACUAUACUUCUUGAGCAGUUAAUUAUGACCAAUUUUUCCCCUCUUUUUGAUUUUUCUGUUCAUUCCCACCCAAAUUCUCAGGACAGUACAGGAUCCACCAUUUUUAGAGUUUGUUAAGGAAGAGCACGUGUGCCUUAAUUAGACGAUGAGAACACGACAAAUUACAUUAGGUAGGACAAAGGCAAAAUUGUUAUGUUAUUAUUUUGUCGGACCAUACUGUUUCCAUUUUCCAUAAUUAGAAAUUUCAAUAUUUGAGAGUCAUUCCAAAGUUGUUUUGUCGCAAACCAUUCCAAACCGAAAAAGGGGAUUUUGUCUGUCACAUCCAAUUUAAAAAAAAAAAAAGCACACCAACAAAACAAAAAAACACAAGUUGCCCACAUGAAAGCACUCCGUUGUUUGAAUAAUUCGCAGAACGAACCAGUUCUUUUAGUCAUUGUAUGUUUUUUGUAUGAAAAAGUGGUAUCACGUAAGGCCAUGUAUGUGUAUAAGCACAUUGUCAUUAUAAUUUAUACUGAAAUAAACAUUCUGAAAAUGCUUA